AUGGACGCCUUUCAGACCCUACCGGCGGAGGUCUGCCUCCUUAUCAUGGAGAGCAUCCACUCACACACAACACUUUGGAGACUCAUCAAAGCAUCUCCAACAAUGCUGAGACAUCACCAGCAGUACAAAUUCAGUAUUAUGCGUACCUAUCUAUUAGACCUGACAGAAGCGCGUGAUAACGACAAAGGCUUACUCGAAGACGCCAUAGCCAUCAUCGGGUUCAAUGAAACACAAGGUAAUGCUUGGGCGAUAGAGAAUCACUUUAAUCAGUGGGUCUCAAAGGAACUUCCCGACCCCAUCCAAGGCUUCGACAAAUACCGCAUCACCGAACUUUAUCGCAUGUUCUCGCGAGUGGGACUUCUCAUUGAGGAUUACAUGUCCAAGGCCACAUCAUCUACUCCCGUUAUCGCAUACCUCAACCUUCCCAAAAUCGUAUACACCGACACCGACACUGGCAACAGAGUGACUUUGGACGAUUUGACAACUAUGGAGAGACAUCGACUGUUUCGAGCCUUCCUCAAGUUUGAGCUGCUCUGCAAGGUCUUUCAUCCCCAAGUGGCAGACGCCCUAGGGGCAGAUCAGCAGUGGGCAAGAAGCAUCCAGCUUGAGUCUUGGUACGAAGAUGACGACGACAUUCAGCCAGGCUCGGAGAGAUACUGGACGCUUGCCCAUGCCUCUUGGCAGACACUUGAUCCAUUGCUGUACGAGUCUCUCCAUUGCGUCCGGGACUAUCUACAGGCCUGCUAUGGUGCUGUCUUUGCACACGUUGCCUGGGCGGAUAGAUACCCUGCCUUUUUCGCUGGAGGACCCAGGAAGAAGAACCUUCUUUAUCCCGACAACAUGUACAUGAGCUCUUAUGCGUACUUCGAGGAUCUACGAAUGCCCCAAGAAUGCGAAUAUUUGACUGAUUGGACAGUCUGCCAAGGAAUUGACCUUUUAUUCCACUUGCUGAAUCACACGGGCAAGGGCACUCAAGGAACUCAGAACAUGCGAAGCUGGCUAUACUCCAUCUACAGUGAGAAUCCAAUCAGCUCACAAAGUAUGAACAGCUGCUUUCUAUUUCGAGAUCACCCUGGGGACUUUUCUUCAAUCCAAACGCACAUUCGAUUGCCUGAAAUACUAGCGAGAAAUGAGAACUCAAGCCCAGACUCCGACUGGAUAUACUCAAACUCAUCCGAGGGCCCUCCUAGUAGCCCAUACUCAAAUGCGCAGGGAUGGAAAGAGAAAUACCUGGCUGACUAUGCGGGUGUUCGGUUUGACCAGCUCAGAAUAUUUCGACAGCGCGCGUGGAUAUUCGGUGACAAUGCCAGAUUAUUUCCACCCGUGGAUAUACAUUUCCCGGAUAUCGAGACUCUGUCAUCGGAGAAGAGACAUGGAGCCAUGGACCGCCCUUAUUCAGACCACAUACGCCAAAGACGGCGAUCACCAGAAUGGCAAAACUUAUGGGCAGGACGAACUAUGGAAUCACGACCUGCGUAUCAUGAUCAAUACAGCAUGGUGGAAUUCCCGCGGAAUCAUCACUCUCGGAUUCCAGUAUUCUAUGGAAGCACCAAUAGCCAAGAACUGACCACCUUUUGGCGACACGUAUGA